CCGCGGUCAUGUGACUCGCUAUGAUUCUUCAUUGUCGGCAGCUGCAGUGCACGGAACCUGCUGAACGACAGACAGGCAGACAGGCAGGGAGACAGACAGGCUGACAGGCUGGUAGGCAGGCUGGCAGACAGACAGGCAGACAGACAGACAGACAGACAGACAGACAGACAGACAGAAGAGAUGCAGGUGGCAAUCUUUUGUUAUUUCCUGUUCCUCUUCCUGGGUGGUGAUGCAGCUCCGGCUGCAGACGAGGUGACUUACCUGCCCGGCCUGCAGAAACAGCCGAGUUUCAGACAGUUCUCUGGAUACCUGAGUGUGGCCGAUGGGAAACACCUGCACUACUGGUUCGUGGAGUCUCAGAACGACCCGUCUUCAGACCCGGUGGUGUUGUGGUUGAACGGCGGUCCUGGCUGCAGCUCUCUGGACGGACUGCUAACAGAACACGGACCCUUCCUGAUCCAGGAUGAUGGAGUGACGCUGCAGUACAAUCCAUAUUCGUGGAACAAGAUUGCCAACAUGUUGUACCUGGAGUCUCCGGUAGGAGUCGGCUUCUCGUACUCCGACGAUCAGAAAUAUGUCACGAAUGACACGGAGGUGUCGAUGAACAACUUCCUGGCUCUGAAGGAGUUCUUCCGUCUGUUUCCAGAGUUCAGCAAGAACCAACUUUUCCUGACUGGAGAGAGUUACGGAGGAAUCUACAUCCCAACGCUCGCUGAGCGUGUAAUGGAGGAUGCUAGCCUCAACCUGCAGGGUGUUGCAGUGGGAAACGGGAUGUCGAGUUACGAGAUGAACGACAACUCUCUGGUGUACUUUGCGUAUUAUCACGGCCUGCUGGGAAGUCGGCUCUGGGCCGAUCUGCAGACAUUCUGCUGCAGCGCUGGGAAGUGCAACUUCUACAACAACCAGGACCAGAACUGCUCUGCCAGGCUGUCUGACGUCCAGGACAUCGUCUACAGUUCAGGACUGAACAUGUACAACCUGUAUGCACCAUGUAUAGGUGGCGUCCACCAGAGAUACAGUAUUGAACGAGGUGAACUGGUGAUCCGGGAUCUGGGGAACUCGUUCAUCAACCAUCCAUGGACUAGGUUGUGGAACCAGAAGUUACGAGGUCUGUCAUCGCUCCACCUGUCGGUCCGUCUGGACCCGCCCUGCACUAACUCCACUCCCUCCUCCCUCUACCUGAACAACCGGUAUGUCCGAGCUGCCCUGCAUAUCAGCCCCAAAGCCCUGGACUGGGUCAUCUGCAGCUCUGAGGUGAAUCUGAACUAUGGUCGUCUCUACAUGGACGUCAGCAAACAGUACCUGAAGCUGCUUUCUGCCCUGAAGUAUCGGGUCCUGGUGUAUAAUGGGGACGUUGACAUGGCCUGUAACUUCAUGGGCGAUGAGUGGUUCGUCGAGUCUCUGCACCAGCAGGUGGAGGUUCAGAGGCGUCCGUGGUUCUACGAUGAUGAAGACGGUCGGCAGGUUGGCGGCUUCGUCAAAGAGUUCAACAACAUCGCCUUCCUCACUGUGAAGGGUUCUGGUCACAUGGUCCCAUCAGACAAACCAGUUGCUGCCUUCGCCAUGUUCUCUAGAUUCAUCCAGAGGAAACCGUACUGACCCCCACCCGCUCUGGUUCUGACCCGCUCUGGUUCUGACCCACCCUGCUUCUGACCCGCUCUGGUCCUGACCCGCUCUGGUCCUACCCUUCUGCCUGCUGUAUUUUCAUUGGAUCAUUAUUUUUCACUGCCAGCCAAUUGGCACACUCAGAUUUAUUGUUGCAGGGAAUGACAUGUCUCAAACCUCAGCCAAUCACAGCACUGCUUCUGAAUCACUCUACUGGUUACAUGUGGUUGUCAUGGAAACGAGCACUGCCGCCAGUCUUUGUUUGAAUGUGAAUUUUUUUUUUUUUUUUUUUUAA